AUGAAAGAUAUUUCUACGACUUCUUAUCGGAGUUCUCGAAAUGCUGCGUACCCCAAGAAACGGCCAUCACCUUCAGGUAUAUCGAAGCAUCACAAGACAUCCCCUCUCGGUCCUCCUCCUGUAACCCGCCGAACACCUUAUUCUGCAAAGGCGUCACUGUUGCAGCAGCGACAACGUCAAGCUCAAAUCACCGCUCUUCGCAGGCAAGGCAUUUUCCUGGAGGAGGAAUACCGGGAAGAUAUUCGUUUCUACAUGCAUGAGAUGGAGCGAUAUACCAUGUCAUCCUCACAGUCGAUGGAUCAGCAACCCGAGAUCCGAUGGCACAUGCGCCCAUGUCUCGUCGAUUUUCUCGUUGAGAUUCACUUCACCUUCCGACUUCGACCUGAGACGUUAUAUCUCACUCUCAAUAUUGUGGACCGUUAUGUCUCUCGGCGAAUAGUUUACAUCAAGCACUACCAGCUCGUAGGCUGCGCGGCGCUAUGGAUUGCUGCCAAGUUCGAGGAUGCAAAGGAACGCGUUCCGACGGUUCAAGAGCUUGCACAGAUUUGUCGUGACACGUAUGACGAGUCCGCUUUCAUUCAGAUGGAAGGCCAUGUACUCCAGACCAUUCAGUGGACGCUAGGCCAUCCGACUGCAGAAGCAUGGCUCAGACUAAUGUGUUGUGAGCCAUCUGUCGAGGAAGAAAAGGUUCAACAUGUUGCACGUUUCCUGAUGGAAAUCACUCUGUUUCACCGAGAGUUCAUUAAAUACCCUCCCUCCUCGAUAGCACUUGGCGCACUCACGCUAGCUCUCUUCCUGUGCGGCAAACCACGCCGCAUCUUUGAGGAAACGGAGGAAUGUUUGGAAAUCGUCGAUUGUCUCGAUAAUCGCUUGGCUAAGCAUGUCAACGACCUUUCGGAGACGCUGGUAAAAAAGUACUCCUAUGCCUUUUACUCCAAGGCGGCAACAUUCGUUGUACAGUACUACCUCCAGGGUGGGCGGUUCGUCCGGCAGUCCUUCAUUACUCUUCCGAUGACGCCCACUCGCCCAUCAGUGUCCGGUGCCAGCACACCUAUGAGCGCCACGACAUCUGUCUCUGAUUUAUCUGAUGAUUUCCCUCUCACUCCAACGAGUCCCUCAUCAUUCUCCCCCGAACCCUUCUCGAACUCUUUCCUAUCAGAAGACGACAAGGAAAAUUUACCAACAACGUUUGAGCCUGUCAUCAAUAAACAGCGCACGGAGGUCCCGCCCGACCAUUUUCUGCCUCAUGACUUCGUUGCUUUUGGCCGUCCGGCCUUGCACCACUUGAAUGGCUCACCACGAAUGACCGCCGUCUCAUAG